AUGGGCAGUAUUCGAGGCUGGUUACGAGCUGGAGAUUACAAUGUGAUUGUCAUAGACUGGUCAGUCCAUGCAGGAAACUGGAAUUACGCUCAGGCAAAAGCUGCUGUAGCAGGAGUUGGAGAAGUAGUGGCAACUUUCAUCGACUGGCUUGCUUCUCUUGGAGCCAGCACCAAUAACAUGCAGCUUGUAGGACAUAGCCUAGGUGCACACGUCUGUGGUGUUGCAGGCAAUCGUGUUACUGCAGGAAGACUAAACAGAAUAACAGGCUUGGACCCAGCAGCACUAUUCUUUGAUUCAGAGCCCACCUCAAACCGUCUUGAUGCAAGUGAUGCUAGCUUUGUACAGGUGAUACAUACCAAUGGUGGAUAUCUGGGGUGGUAUGAUCCUAUGGGAACAGCUGAUUUCUAUCCAAAUGGUGGAAAAUGGCAGCCUGGUUGUGACUUUGAUGUUACAGGUGCGUGUAGCCAUGGUCGGUCAACUGAAUUCUUUGCUGAGUCCAUAACAUCAGGAACAGGAUUUAAGGCAUACCAGUGUGGCAGCUGGAACGACUACAACGCUGGAAACUGUGCUAGCAACCCAACAGCUCUCAUGGGAGAGACUGUCUCAACCAGCGCAUCUGGAAGGUACUUUUUGGCAACUGCAAGCUCUUCACCUUAUGCUCUUGGCUAGAUGUUGUGUAUUCUGCCCAG